AAGCGGUGGCGUCGCCUGUUAACACAAUGCAGCGCCGCGGUGAAGUUGGGUUUGUCACGUUAUGCUUCAUUGUGUUUCUGCAGUGUUUAAUGGUGUCUAGUCAGGUCCCGACGCCGCACAAAAUGGACCUGCAUUGGCAUCCAGCCACCGCCACUUGGUACGGAAGUCCUGAAGGCGAUGGUAGCGACGGUGGGGCAUGUGGGUAUGGUUCACUAGUUGACGUGAAGCCAUUUAGGGCAAGAGUUGGAGCGGUGAGCCCGGUGCUGUUCAAGAACGGGGAAGGGUGUGGGUCAUGCUUCAAAGUGAAGUGCCUCGACAAGAGCAUAUGCUCGAGGAGAGCCGUCACCAUCAUUGUAACCGACGAGUGUCCCGGCGGGUACUGCGCCAAUGGCCGCACCCACUUCGACCUAAGUGGCGCCGCCUUUGGCCGUAUGGCUAUAACCGGUGAGAAUUCGCAGCUCAGGAACAGAGGCGAACUUCCAGUUGUUUAUAGAAGGACCCCGUGUAAAUACCCGGGGAAGAACAUUGCCUUCCAUGUUAAUGAAGGCUCCACUGAUUACUGGCUAUCUCUUCUCGUGGAGUUUGAGGAUGGUGAUGGAGAUGUUGGGUCGAUGCACAUAAGAGAAGCAAAUUCUAAUGAGUGGAUGGAGAUGAGCCAUGUUUGGGGAGCAAAUUGGUGCAUUAUCAAGGGGCCCUUGAAAGGACCCUUCUCGGUGAAACUAACAACACUAUCAACAGGAAGAACACUGUCCGCGAAAGAUGUAAUUCCCAGAAACUGGUCGCCAAAAGCAACUUACACCACUCGCCUUAACUUCAAGCUGUGAAAUUACAGAGCAAAACAGACAAUUGGUUCAUGACAAAGACUCAAAAGGGCC